GGAUUGUUGCGCUUGUUGAUCGACGCGACUCUUUCUCUGGCUGCGGCUUCCGGGAAACGGAGCGCGGGUGGAGGAUCGCCAGCCGGGAUGUCUCUGCGCUCUGCGCCCCUGUUGCUUCUAGUAUUGGUGACGGUCGCCUCGCAGGAGAGCCGCUUCGGCAACUCCUCGCACUCCCUGAAGUAUUUCUACACCUCCAUCUCGGACUCCAGUCAGGAAUCGCCUCAUUUUGUUGUUCUGGGGUACGUGGACAGUCAAGUCUUUGCUCACUACGACAGCAACAGCCAGAAGUUCCAGCCUCGAGUCUCCUGGAUAGAGAAGGUGGAGAAGAAAGACCCCCAGUACUGGGAAAAAUACACCGAGAUAUUACGUGACAACGAGAAGCUGUUCAAAGAAGACCUGGAGAAGCUGAAGACUCGCUACAAUCACAGCAACGGCCUGCACACUUGGCAGAAGAUGGUCAGCUGUACGCUCCAGGGUAACAGGAGCAGAGGACUUUGGCAGUAUGGCUACCAAGGGAGGACCUUCAUUGCCUUCGAUGAAAAGACCUUCACCUGGGUGGCUUCCGACCUCCAGGCCCAGGUGACCCAGAGGGAUUGGAAUGCUAAUCCAAGACUGAAUCCGUACAUUAAGACCUACCUUAUGGAGGAAUGCAUUGCGUGGCUGGAGCAGUUUCUGUCCUACGGGAAUGAGGCGCUGCUGAGGACAGACCCCCCAGAGGUGACCAUGAGCAGCAGGACGGAGGUGGAGGAUGGGAUGGAGACGCACGUCUGCCGCCUGGAUGGCUUCUACCCCAGGGAGAUCGAGGCCUCUUGGAGGAGGGACGGGGAGGUCUGGCUGCAGGACACCCUCCGUGGCUCCGUGGCCCCCAACGCAGAUGGGACCUUCCACGCCUGGCUCAGCAUCCAGAUCGAUCCCAAAGAGAGGGGCCGCUAUCGCUGCCACGUGGAGCAUGACAGCCUGAAGGAGCCUCUGGAUGUGGCCCUGAAGGAACCAAAAUCCAACGUGGGGAUCAUUAUCGGCUGCGUUGUGGCUGGUCUUGUCCUGCUGGGUGUGAUUGCUGUUGGGAUCUUGGUAUUUCUUAAACUAGACUGUGGAAGAUGGGCCCCCUUUUCAUUCAUGCCAGGCUGUUUUGGGAGUGGAGACCCCCAAGGAGAAACAUCUGGGACAAGGAACUCUCCAGAAGGAAGUGAAGAAGGAUCUAAUAAUUCAGAUCAGGGAAGCAUUGCAAGCACCCAGGCCAUGUUGCAGCCCUCUUGCAGCACGAAUGGACAUUCCCAUCGAAAGGAAAGAGGACAGAAGAUGAAAACAACCGCUGUCUGAAUUAGGCCGGACUCUUAGAAGGAGCCCUUCAGACCCUUCCAGCAUGCUGGAACCAGGAUGUAUUUUGGGUCUUGCUCUUCAGGUGCCUCAUUUUAUGCAGUGGCCCAAGAGUGAGGAGACCCCUUGAUUGAUGGGAAAGAAGGCCCCCAUGUUACCACAGAUGCUUUCUGAGCCGAGGAGUGAAAGUGAAAAGUGAAAGUGAAACGGGCGGGGUCUUUCGCCUAUUUCUUUUUGGGUUUCCCAGAUGCCUUCAAGAGCUGGCCAUCUUUGAGAGCCUAUAAAGGGGACUAUUUCAAGCAGCCACAUCCAUCCCGGGGCCUGUGGGCUAUGUGCAGCCUUGGACAGCUACUAAUGCAGUCCCACAAAACCUUUGGCGUUAUAAUAAAAAUAUACAAAGUUA